AUGAUUAUACCGUUUCCAAAUGAAGUUUGGAUAAAUAUUGUUAAGCAGUAUUUUAAAAUCUCUGGGCUUCGGGAAACUUGGUUGUUACGAGGAAUCUCUCAUGAUUUCCAAUCGUUUGUCGUAUCCGCUAUUUAUGAAGAGUUUAAAGAGAACUUUGAAUGUUUCGUAAAGAUCUUUAGAUGGAAAAAGGAUGUUGAACUAUGCAGUCGCACAUUCGAAUACACGAAUGUCUCGUUAUUACAACCAUCAACCACCAGCCAAAACAUAAACAAUGAACUGUAUGUCAUCCUAAAGCCAACACAUCACACUGGCAAAUUAAUUGAGGAAGAAGAAACGCUCCUCACUCAGAUACGAGUACAUAUAUACCUCUAUUCGGAGUUCACAAACGGAUACGGUAAGACGUACAUUUCAGGUAAGAACCUUGUGUUGGAUUCACGUAUCAAGUAUCCGCGUAGAAUGGCGUUUUCGUUCUCGAAUGAAAACAACCACGUUGAUGUGGCGCCAGUUGACAAAGCUGUUGUCCCAGUAGCGGAAUCAGCAGAGGAAAGAAAAGAGUUUUUUGAAGAAUGUAAUCUUUGUGAGAUCAGGAUUCCGCUGCUCAUGACUUUUUCCAGUGUGGCGUGUCGGCUGAAUUUUCAUUUUUAG